UCACGUGUCCCAGCGGGGCGGAGCCGGUGUCUCCUGGCUUCCGUCACGUCCGGUUCUCUGUCAGUCCUGAGCGAGAGAGCACGGGGCUGUUAGGAAGCAGGAGCGGAGCAAUGCCUAAAUCAAAGGAACUUGUUUCUUCGAGCUCUUCUGGCAGUGAUUCUGACAGUGAAGUUGACAAAAAGUUAAAGAGGAAAAAGCAAGUUACUUCAGAAAAACCUGUAAAGAAGCAAAAGACUGGUGAAACUUCAAGAGCCCUGUCAUCUUCCAAGCAGAGCAGCAGCAGCAGAGACGACAACAUGUUUCAGAUUGGAAAAAUGAGGUACGUCAGUGUUCGGGACUUCAAAGGAAAAGUCCUUAUUGAUAUUAGAGAAUAUUGGAUGGAUCCAGAAGGUGAAAUGAAACCAGGAAGAAAAGGUAUUUCUUUAAAUCCUGAGCAGUGGAGCCAGCUGAAGGAACAGAUUUCUGACAUUGAUGAUGCAGUAAGAAAACUGUAAAAUCAGAGCCAUAGAAAACUUGUAACUGGUCUAGUUGUUUUAAUCUGUCUUUUUACAUUGGCUUUUGUUUUCUAAACGUCCCCCCGCCCAAGCUGUUGUAUAUUUGGAUUGCAAAACAAUUUGUAAGAAUAUGUUUUUUUAAUGUGCAUUAUUAAAAACGAUCUGAAUGAAGCUCCUUGUCAACUUCAUUGAGGAGGAUGGCUUUGUGCCCACAACUAGUGUAAAAUAAAAUCAAGGAAUACAGUCUUAACUGUUGUGCCCUUCUUUGAUCAGAAGAAUUGGUACAGUUUAAUUAAGGCCAAAAGGUUAUAGACCUUUGAAUUUCAACCUUUUACAUUCAAAAGGAUUUGUAUUGUAUUGAAUUUAUAAACUUUUGAUUUGUGAAUCCACAGUUGCUGUGUUUUCUUCUACACAAAUGUCCAUUGACUCUUCACUGUCCUUUUUUAUCUUCAUUUUCUUUGAAUAACUUGUGUUCAAUUUUCACCUUUUUUGUUCUUGAAUAUAUUAUGCUAAUCUGGAAAGUCAGUGAAACUCGAAAUGUUAGUUAUCUAUCUCAAUAAGGUACUUGUAAUUAAAAUGCUAUAUGGAAACUACAAUCACUAAUUCUACUGUAUUAAAUAUUAGGAGAUAUAGUUUGAUAAACACCAUGGCUUGUAUGAAAACUCUGAGCAAGUGUGUGUCAUUACCUGUAUUGUUCUGUGUGAUAGUUAUCUUACUCUUUAGUCUGCAGAGGAUGAUGGCUUCUUAGGUGUCUGAUUUAUUUUCACUUACUGAACAUGUUCACCAUAGGAUGAUGUCUAUAGAACCAGAAAUUGUUAAAUUAGACUAGGAUUUAAUAAAGAUUGUGAAAGCUUA